AUGAUUAACGAGCACAUGUCCUUCACAUUCAUUCCGUCUUACUCCACUUGCAUAAAGAAGCUGCACAACAUGUCGCUUGUCACAUUGGUGAUUCUCUGCUGUGUGACCAGCUGCAUUGCGUACAGUCACAGACCUGACCCAUGUGCAAUCAAGUGGUGUCCCCCCAACAUGGCGUGUAAAGUCCGGUUCUCUCACUGCAUCCUGGGUCCAUGUCCACCACCACGUCCUGAGUGUGUACCCCAAGUGAAGCUUGGCGUGUGUCCCGUGGAGUCUCCCAUCACAGGGCUGUGUACAGCGAGAUGUGACCACGACGCCGAUUGUCCUGGCGACAGGAAGUGUUGUGGAAGCUGCCCCAGAGUAUGUAAAGUACCCAUAUCAACUGUGAAGAAUGGGGUGUGUCCUAAACUCUCCCAGUGCCCGGAGUCCCUACCAUCUUGUCCUCUGAAUCCACAUUGCAGCACAGACCGAGACUGUCCCGGCAACAGGAAGUGUUGUGGAAAUUGCCCCAGGAUGUGUAUUGAUCCUGUUGGCUACUGACUUGUAUUUAACACUUCAGUUUCAAUAAGUAUAGUGGCGACCUGUGAUGUCUAGUGUUACCUUCAGAGACUCUGCACGAGGCAGUGAUGUUAAUGAUGAGAUACAUUCCUCAAUCACUGAAUACUUUGAGUUAGGUCUUGUAUUUCCGAAAAGUUUACAUAAAUGAUCAGGUAUUUAGAUUAUCACUUACUCACAUGCUUCACAUGCGGUGUUAGUUUUUCGUGAGCGUCAUCUUCAAACCGAGGCAAUAGGCCGAUCCAGUCCCCGCCGAUAAGCCCCGCCCACUUCGUUUUUGACGUUAGGGGGGACAACCACUGACGAAUCACCAUGGCGUCACCGCCGGGGAAACGUGACUGCGAACGUUGUUGAUGAAUUCUCUUGUGGUACUUUGGUAUCCGUCGUUUGUGAAUGAUAUUUAAAAAGGAUAAUUAUACGUAUUUUAUGUUAAUAGAUUUUAGUUGACAGAUUGCAACUGGCGUGUGAAAAUGAGUUACAUGCCCGAUGAAAAAUCGUCCCGACCAGCUGCUGAGAGUAGGAAGCGUAUUUUCUUUCGUACCAAAUACUCUAUUUAGCAAUUCACGUCCGUCUAAAUAUCAGAUAUUAGCAGAGGACGGGUAACUGAAUUAUGUUAUUUGUUUGUUUUUCUCAAAAAUUCCCAUCGUAAUUAUAUAAAAAUCCGUGAACACAACCACGUGUUCAAGUUGCAGAUCGUUUCGGUAUCUAUAAAUAGAUUGGCGCCUUUAUGUAUUUAUUCGUUGUUCAAAUUUAGUUACAUCAAUAAUGUGAAAACAUAGAAUUCUACCUUUUAAUGAACAAAGCAGAAAAAUAUUUCCCGUC